UGGACACCACCUCCGCCCGCGCUGACCCCGGACGUCACGAGCCGCGAAGGGCACAAACUGAAUCAGAAAAAUUGCACUGAAAGAGAGGAAGCUGAGAGACCUGAGUGCCAGGGUCUGCUGGAUUAUCUGUGAAGAAAUGAGAGCCAAUGGAAGGUUUGGAGGAACAUCACAGAACACCAGCUGUGAACAAAGUGGGCUUUUAAUGUAACUGAAGAGACCCUGCUGGUGAUCUGAGUGACCCAAUAACUACUGUGUGGGAAACAAAAGACCAAGUAGAGAAGUGGCCACAUGUCUGCAGUCAACAAUAGAGCAUGCACACUGACUGAACACAUGUUCCAUGGUAGAGAGGAAUAAGCAUGCCUUCUUUAUCUCCUUUUACUUUCUUUUUACUGAAAAAUAAGACACAGAUACAGAAAACUACAUAAAACAAAUAUUAAGCUUAGUAACAGACCCACUUGUAACCACCACCCAGGUUGAGACAGAUGUGCAGCCACUCCAGCAGCCUGUCCUGUGCCCACCCCAGAGCCGCUACUCUACACCCAGGAGGUCUCUGAAUGAAAAAUACAUGAAUCCAGACAAGACAAAAACUGCAGCCAGUGUGCUGGGUGGUGGUCCCACUUACCAGCUGAUCAGGGGCAAGACAUGAUGAAACAGAUGUACCUGGAGGAACACAGGGGCAGCAUCAGAUCCUGGAUCAGCAGGAGCCAAUCACAGGGAAUCUGCUGGCUGUGAAGAGGAGGGAGCAAAUUCAUUUAAUGCAAAUUUGAAGAAGAGAGGAAAGAUGAAAAUGAUGAUGGAGAAGAACAUGGAGAGCUGUCAUACGAAAGAAGAAACAUGGAAAGUGGUGCAGUUCUGCUGGAAUCCAAAUCCUCACCAUUCAACCUUCUGCAUGAAAUGCAUCAGCUACGCCUUCUUGGUCACCUGUGUGAUGUGACUGUCAGCGUGGAGUACCAGGGCGUCCGUGAAGAGUUCAUGGCUCAUAAGGCGGUGUUGGCAGCCACCAGCAAAUUCUUUAAGGAGAUGUUCCUUAAUGAGAAGACUGUGGAUGGUACGAGGACUAACGUCUAUCUAAAUGAAGUACAAGUUGUUGACUUUGCCUCAUUUCUCGAGUUUGUGUACACUGCAAAGGUACAGGUAGAAGAAGAUCGGGUGCAGCGAAUGCUGGAAAUGGCUGAGAAACUAAAAUGUCUGGACUUAUCAGAGACUUGUUUUCAGUUGAAGAAACAGAUGUUAGAAUCUGUACUUCUGGAGUUGCAGAACUUCUCUGAGUCUCAGGAGGCAGAAGGGAGCAGUGGCUCCCAAGCUGCUGUUGCUCCUGACCCCAGGGCAAGUUCCCCCGGGGACAGUCCUCUCACUAAUGGCCUUGGGGAUUCCUCAGAUCCCCUAGUAGAGACAAUCAGCAAUGGCGUGUUGCCAGAUAUGCCCCUGAAGAAGUCCAAGGAGAAACCUGACAAGAAAAAAGAUGCAAUCAAGCCUCCCUACCCCAAAAUCAGAAGGGCCAGUGGAAGGCUGGCUGGAAGAAAGGUGUUUGUGGAAAUUCCUAAAAAGAAAUACACAAGAAGGCUUCGAGAGCAGCAGAAAAGUGCCGAGGACGACAUGGGGGACUGCCGAAGCCCCGAGGACCCCAACCCAGAGGCCAUGGGAGCAGAGGUGGAGCCCGUCACAAAGCGUGAGGAGGGCGGAAUGGUAGUGGAGGCGGCCCAGGAGCUGCCAAAAGCAGGCAGCAGGGAGGACGCAGGCCGCGUGGAGGAGGAUGACGACGAGGAGGAGGAGGGUGAGAAGAGGAAGAGCAACUUCAAGUGCACUAUCUGUGAAAAAGCCUUUCUGUAUGAGAAGAGCUUCCUGAAACAUAUCCGGCACCACCACGGGGUGGCCACUGAGGUGGUUCAUCGCUGUGACACAUGCGGCCAGACCUUUGCCAACCGCUGCAACCUCAAGAGCCACCAGCGCCAUGUGCACAGCAGCGAGCGCCACUUCCCAUGCGACCUGUGCGGCAAGAAGUUCAAGCGGAAGAAGGACGUCAAGCGGCAUGUGGUGCAGGUGCACGAGGGUGGUGGCGAGCGCCACCAGUGCCAGCAGUGCGGCAAGGGCCUGAGCUCCAAGACGGCGCUGCGGCUGCAUGAGCGGACGCACACGGGUCACAAGCCAUAUGGCUGCACCGAGUGCGAGGCCAAGUUCUCGCAGCCCUCGGCGCUGAAGACCCACAUGAGAAUUCAUACAGGGGAAAAACCUUUUGUCUGUGAUGAAUGUGGUGCAAGAUUCACUCAGAACCACAUGCUGAUUUAUCAUAAAAGGUGUCACACAGGUGAAAGACCUUUCAUGUGUGAAACAUGUGGCAAGAGUUUUGCUUCUAAGGAGUAUUUAAAACAUCACAAUAGAAUCCAUACUGGAUCCAAACCCUUUAAAUGUGAAGUUUGUUUCAGGACUUUUGCCCAGCGGAAUUCACUCUACCAGCACAUUAAAGUCCAUACAGGGGAACGUCCUUAUUGCUGUGACCAGUGUGGGAAGCAGUUCACCCAGCUCAACGCUCUCCAGCGUCACCAUCGCAUCCACACGGGGGAGAAGCCAUUCAUGUGUAACGCGUGCGGGCGGACAUUCACGGACAAGUCCACCCUCCGGCGGCAUACCUCGAUGGCUCGCCCAAGAACGAUGACACGCACAAGACUGAGCAGCCGGAUGAAGAAUAUACGUCAUCCAAACUUUCGGAUAAAUUGCUGUCUUUUGCAGAAAAUGGCCAUUUUCACAACCUCGCCACAGUCCAAGGCAGUGUAUCCACGGUGCAUGAGAACAGUUCUGCAGACCCAGCCUGCAAGUCGGACGAUUGCGUGGUGUCUCAGGACACACUGCUGGCCACCACCAUCAGUGAGCUCAGCGAGCUGACUCCACAGGCAGACACGAUGCCAACACAGCUUCACUCGCUGACCAACAUGGAAUGAGAGCUUUGGUGCCUGCCAGGCAGAUCCUACGCUGCGUCUCCGCAUGUGUGAUUGCUGUAUGCAGGUUCACGUCAGGGGCUAAGACGAAGAACUGUCUGCGAGCAGAGUGGGCAAGAAUACCUUCUGCACAUUUUCCUGAAUCUCUGCUAACUUGCACGUCUUUAUCAAAGCAUUUUUAGAGCUUCCCCUUAAAAAAAUCCCAGUCUGCAUGAUCUCAGCUAUGCUUGAUCGACAAAGCAGUUAACAUGACCUCACUGGAUCCUGGUGCAGGUCAUAUGCAUAACACUUUUCCUGAUGUGUAGGAAGUUUGGACAACUAUGGAACUGUAGAAUACAGAGCCCUGGCCCAGCUCAUGAAGUUAAUGUUAGUGAUCUCCCUGGUCUCUCAGCCUGCCUUACCCCUCUGUGUGGGUUUAGUUCCCUGAUGAUUUUAAGCUAUUUUUCUACCAAGCUGAAAUAAAACUGGGACCAUGUAUUUUCAUGCUCUUUGCUGUUGAACUGAAGCAAGUCGAUUUGCUUGGGGACCCUUGAGUUGGGACUGAAGAAAUGGAUGGUUGCAUUCAUCCUCUUCCACCUCCUGUCUGUAGGCACUAAAAAAGGAAUGACAAAUUGAACACUUGAAAAAUGGCUUUCUGUAAUCUGUACUCACAGCACAUUCACAGCUAGGAAGUUGGCCAUAGAGUAACUGCCAUAGAGUAACUGCUGAAAUGAAGUGUGGCUGUUGGGUUUCAUUCUUAAAGUCUGAUUAGGUAAAAGCUGUCCUACCAAAGAUUCUAGCAGCAAAUGGUGUAGUGUUUUUGCAGAAGUGUAAAAAGUGAAGAGGCUUUAGAACACUUGAAACACUGUGGAGUCCUUUUAUUCACAAGUAGCAAUGAGGUGAUCUGGCAAAUCUUAGAACACAGAGUAUUAGUAUUUUUGGCUAGGUUUUCCUGACUUAACUCUGUGACUUUUAGAAAUGCAGAAUUUCUCUUUUAUGUAUCAAGAGCUUGAAACAGGCGAGUAGUUCCCUCACAUUUCUUUCAUUGGGAACAUGUGAGCACAUAAGCAGAAGGGACCAAAACCCUUGGAACUUUUCUUUGAUUAUGCCUUAAGAGUGGAUUGUGAAGAACCAGGAACUUUGCCUUCAGUGCUCCUGUGGCUGGCUCAUGCUGGCCUUCUGCUUAAAAUGAAUUUUGCAGUGAAGUUAAUUCUUUAUUUGCUAAGCCUGAUUCUUGGUUCCAGUGGCUUGGGUGUGUGGCCGCAUGCUAAGUGCUUUGACUCACAUGUAACCCUAAACAUAAUAAUUUAAAGAGAGAACCCGAAGAAUUUUUUUGUUCACUAGUUGUUUUCCUUAUAUUUUAAUUUAUUAAACUUGCUGUGAAAACAUGUUCACUUUCUAAGAGAAAGGUACUUUAUCCUAAGUUCCAGGAUAAAGAUACAGCUGUACCAUGCCAGAAACUAAUGUGGGAAGACUCUCCCUAAAUGCUUAUUUUGUUUUAACUUGUAACAUGUUAAGUAAAUACUAAAACCACUCUAAGAUGUUUUAGGUGCUGAUAACAUGUUUCACACUUGCUCUUGAAGAUGGCAGUACUGAAUUUUCAGUGAUGACAGUGUAUCCUGGUUGUGUUUACAGAACAGCAACAGUGAAACUGUCACACAAGCAUUUUACUUUUGGUAAGAAUGAGCCUGCCCAGCUGAUGUACUGUUUCAUGGAAUAAAGUCAUCUUAAUGGAAGGAAUUUAAAUAAUAGAUUAUUUUGUUACCUACUGGAAGAAUUUUUGUCUUGAAUUUGUUUCUUUAGAAUUCUACAAAAAAAUCGUUUAAUGUGUUAAUAAAUGUUUGCUUU